AUUAUCUGUUCCAAUUUGUAUAUAAAGCCUCAGCAGUAAUCUGUUGGGUAUCUUCUGACUGUUGAAACAUCGAGUGUGUCCACAUCGUAGCAUCCCAUCCAUCAUGAAGAUGCUGGCUUCUCUUCUGGCUGUGUGCGUGCUGGCAGCCGUGGUGACGGCGGCCCCCAACUGCCCGCAGUACGACGGCUCCACGCCCGUCUUCUUCCCUGACGAGAACGACAGCAGCAGCUUCUACGAGUGCAGCAACGGCAGGUCCGUCCACAUGGCUUGCCCCACUGGCACCGUCUGGAACUCCAACAUCAACACCUGCGACUGGCCCCAGGCCAGAAAGUAGAAGGGACCGGAUGAUCGGCUGUCUUUCAUUUGACAUUACUUGGCAUGAUAAUGGAAAUGUGUUCCAAUAAGUUUCACAUUAUUCUAUAAUGUACCAGUUGAUUUUGAAUAAAUGGCAAUAAACCAAAA